CUGAAGAACUCCGCCCCUGUUCUUGUGGAUUUUCACGCCACUUGGUGCGCUCCUUGUAAGCUCCUUGGACCUCGUUUAGAGGCAGUGAUGCAAACACAUAUGAAAUCCGUCCUUUUGGCUAGAGUGGAUAUUGAUAAGAACGAUGAACUUGCCGCGAAGUACGAGAUAUCUGCUGUCCCCACAGUAAUCGCCAUGAAAAACGGUCAAGAAAUAAGUCGGUUCACUGGUCUGAAAGAGAAGGAAUUCAUAGAAAAAGUGAUCGCUUCCCUGACGGUGUGA